GGCAACACAUCAUCCGACCCAGAUCGAAGAUCAGAUCGGUUCACAAUGCGACCCGGUUCGCCAGAGUCGGCUAGACGCGAACGACACAGAUCUCAUGCAGAUCUCGGCGUUCGUUCGUUCUUGCAAGUACGCGGGCCAGCGUUAUGGCCGCAUACCUUGUUUGCUCCCACACUGUUCUUUCUCAGUUCUUUCUUCCACCGUCCCUGCCGACGGUACGCACUUUGGGAAUCAACAAUCUCGUUCGUGCUCAAUUUAGCUCGAGAUCUCCAUCUGGUCCCUGUGUGCUGCUUCGCUUUCCCCCGCUGUCCAAAAUCGUGUGCUGGGGUGGCUGCGGUAGUUGUGGUUCGCCAUCUCUGUCCCCAACCCUCCUUCCUCCGCAACCUCCGAAGGCAGUAUGAGCAGCGAACGGCGCGUCGAGAAGCCCCUGCACCAGAACAUGUCACCACCAACCGCUCCCACAUACACCCACAAUAGUCAUCCCGGUCCUCGAUCUCCCAACUCCCUGCCUCUUCCAGCUCCGCCUUCGGACAACCUACCCCCUGGCUGGAUCACUCAGCUUGACCCCAGCUCAGGCCGUUACUUUUACGUGGACACCACCGUUGCUCGUUCGACGUGGUCGCACCCAUACGAAGACGAGCAGUAUUUACGUGAGCAUGGCAGGCCCAGUGCCAGACGGAAGGACAGGCACCGUGCCCCUUCCGUAACCACCUCCCGUCGACAUCCUUCCCCUAUGAACGAACCGAACGCGAGUCCAAAAAGACUGUCUCAGGCCGUCUACCACGAACCACCCCGGAAGAAAGCUAGAGUCAUGGGAGCCUCUUCGUCGAGAUCAAACUCCUCGAGGGACUCGCCCAGGAACUCGCCGAGUGGGGUGCGUCCGUCGGAUCUGACAACUACUUGCUGCAGCGCGAACUCGAGACCAUACUUCGCCGCGACUUUGACUUUGGGGGGAAGUACUGCCACGCGGCGACCACGUCCUCUGCUGCCAACCCGGGCCUGAACAUCAAGGGAAUCGGGAUUCUAGGUCUCCCGCUCAGCGUACGGGACGCUAAGCUCGUGCAGAACCUCAUCUCCGCGACACUCAGCAAGACGGGUGCGGACACUAGCGACAUCGCGAUCGGGAACGUGUGGGAGCUGGAUGCCGGGUCGUUGGAAUGUAGCAAUCCGGCAUGGUCCCUCUAUCUGGAGGAGAUCGUCUUGAAAGAUGUGUGGAAGAAGCUGACACCGGGGGCCGCGCGCCCCCGGCUAGAGCUGAAAAGCUUGUUGCUGUGGGAAGCCACCGCCGAUGUGCUCGAAUACGAAUGCACCGAGGUACCGAGGCGGGACGAGUUCGCGACGAUUCAUGUCAUCCUUCCGUCCUUCUAUACAGGCGGCAACGUCCAACUAUCGUAUGCGGGAUGCUCGGAAAACUAUGAUCUCUCGACCACGUCAAGUUUUUCCACAUCACUUGUUGCUUGGUAUCACGGUGUGGACUGCAUCAUCAAACCUAUCGAGCAGGGUCGGCGACUGGCACUAUCAUACCGGCUAUUGGCCAGUCCCGAGCCGACUGCGGGUCCAAGACCCUGUUUGCCUGCUAUGGGAGACAAGUUGUUGGGCCUUCGGCGAUUCUUCGUCAAGUGGUCCGAGCACCAGGAGUACCCGAACAGGACCGCAGAGCCGCUGAGCAUUAUAGCGUAUCCGCUGCUGCACGAGUAUCGUGAGAACGAUCUCCGCGCGGACACGCUCAAGUUCGAGGAUAGGCAUAAGAUCAUCCAUCUGAAGGUUCUCUGCGACGAGCUCGGCUUCCAGCUUGGCUUGGGAGUCCUUGAUGAUCAUCUCAUCGGCCUGGCAGACGUCGACGAUACAAGUUCGCAGCCACGGAUGGAGCGAGUCACCAGUCGACGGCUGACUAUCAAGGACGUCUUUGACUUUGACGGAGGGCUUGUUCCUGGCCUCAGUCAACUCGAGCUGGACGAGGGUGACUUGGUCAGGACAGCCCGGGCACUUGAGCCGGCACCGGAUCUCGUCGUUUACGACAGCAAGGAAUCGCCCCAGAUUGAGUUCCAGUUCUCCCGUGCGGUCAUCAUUCUUUUCGAAAAACGCCGGGAGUCCGAGGUCCUGCUUCACACGCGGAGGACAUCGUAUGCGUUGGACUGUCUUUCGAAUUUAUCUCGGCGUCCCGGGCCAAGUGCUGUGGAAAGGAAGAUCGUGGACUAUGUUCUAGCCUCACUCCAUCGGCAACACCCGUACAACUUCACGGCCCAGACGACACUCGCAGACAUCGCCAUAUGUUGGCACGAUGCCAAAUUAUGGAAUGAUACCGCUCGAACCACCUGCGAGCGGGGAUCCCUGAUUGGUGCCCUCGAAUCGAUCCAGUGGCUGAGCGCCUGGAAGCAGUUCGGGUUCGCGGCAGUGCGAGAAAGCCUCGAGCUUUGCUGCAAGAGGAAGGGAUCAAGGAUGACAAUCGAGUUUUUCCUCGCUGCGGACCCGGAAAUGUACGAGUCGAUUGAAUCUGGGCCGGCACUCGACGCGGUUUUGCGUUGGUCAAGUCAACAGCUGCAGCAGGCGCUUGACAAGAUGCAAGUUCUGGAGCAAGAAGAGGUCGCUUUGUUUAGCGGAUUAAUACGCAAGCGGGGCGUGACUUUCUUCUGGGAUGUGAUCAUGGGUUCGAUCAUCCGCAUGCCAAAUGCUUAUGAAUUCUGGACGAAUUUCCUGCGCUCGCUCUCCACGCUUCGGUCCAAUACGACGGGUGCGGAAGAUGAAAAGGUCUACAACCUGCUGGUCGACGAGGGCCUCAAUACUAUCAUCAGCGACUUCGGGAUCGUGGUUCGCUCGGGCGAUCUAUCUCUCCGGGCUCGGCGACUGUCUGAGAUAAUCGAUCUAUGUCUGUCAAUACGGCGAUUAGAUAUGUGUCGCCGUGUGCUGUUCACUACCGUGCCCCGGGACCAAGGACGGGACUGGGUUGCCGAUAUCACAAGCCCCUUGUACGUUCACCAGCUGCGGAGAACGUUGCACGAGCAUGCCAUCCAGGUGUAUCACAAACCAUUCUCCGACUUCUUCCGGGCUAUGGUGGGCUGCUACCUCGAGCACGUGCUGGGCGCGUUCAGCCAUGCAGCGCGUCGGAUUUGCGGAGGCUGCACGGCCUGCGCCGCGGUGGACGACUUCCUCAUGUCGCACACGCUCACUCAGGCGCAUUUCGUGGGCCUGCGGACCCAUCUUCUGCAUCUCGAGACCCAUCUGGCCGGUGCAUCGGACGUGGUGUCGUUCCACACAUUUGCAGACACGGCUGCGUCGGGCGGGCACGUGCUUGUGCUCAACAAGACCCGCAAUGGGGACGCCGAGGCCGACUGGCGAGUGCACAAGAACAAGGCGAUCAAGUUUCUGUCGUCCAUCGGCGAGUCUGCGAGUGUCGAGCGGAUCAUGGGGAAGCGGUACCCCGAGGUGCUUCAGGCUCUGGAUGGGAAGACGAGAUUCGUCCAUCUGGAAGAGGGCUCCAGGUCCACAGCGCAAGCAGGUCACAUUGCCAUACACCAUUCCGUUGGCGGUCGGUGGACGGUCACUAGAGUUACGGAUUCUCUCCCUCCUUCUGGCCACUGAUGUUUGUUUAUAUUUCGUCUUUAUCUCGCAUUGUCUCGUUCUGUUUUCUUGUUACAUACCAGACACUGUAUCCAUACUCAUGCCUACAAUGUAUCAUUCCUCUAACCAUUAUAUUUGUCAAUCGAGCCAUAUCUGAGCUUCAA